AUGGACUAUUUCCUGACCCAACAGGAGAGGCAGCAAUACGGGGAUGCAAUACAGUAUAUCCCUUGGUUUGGCGGAAAUCAUGACUCGGCUCAAAGAUACCCUGUGGUUCCAUUCAGGGAGUACCUUGAGGUACGCAACUGUCUGCCGGCGCGGAAUGUUAUCGAAUGGAUCCUCUCCGAUCCAGACGAAGCACUACCCAUGGUUCAGUCCUGGUUGUUCUUCGGUGUGAUUGAAUCUGCUUUGUUCGAUUCCUUCUCAGCGAGUCUGAGGGAUACUCCUCAAGGAAAGGUCAUUGACACGAAGAUUCUCAGGGGUCUGAAAGUCUCCUGGGAGUUGCGGCUGAGUGGGGUCGGAUGGCCAAUUUCACAGUGGCGAGAUCAGUGGGACGACACGCGUGUGAAAGCGGAAGCCAUCCUGUUUGGACUGGGAGCGCUGGCAAAAAGCAGUUUAUCCGGCGAAGUGUCUCUUCCCGAAAGCACGGAAACUGCGCUUGACCAUAUAGUUCGGGGAUCGCUGCUUUUGCUCGAGCAUAUGAUUUCUAUCGCGCCCCCAGUGCUGUAUGAGAGGAGGCCGAUGCAAACCCUCAUGUCUAUGCGAACACCAGGCAUGGAGGAGCAGCUGCGCGGUCGAUUGCUGAGUCAAGGAUGGUGUCCAUCCAUGUAUAAUACCUUCGGCUCAAUAUCCGGAAGUUUACACCUUCUCGAAUAUGCUUGCAUCUUCCCUGCCACAGACGGGCCGACUGAGAGACACGAGGCGUGUUCGGAAGAGAGGUGCAUAGGCCACAACUUGGAUGUGGAUACCGCGAAGGCCAAGCAUCGCCAGCCGGACUGUAAGUGUGAAAGUGUGGCCCCGGGUCUCCAUCAAAUUAUUGCCGCGGUCGACGGUGGUGGCUUUCCGGUGAUUGAUAUGCGACGUUUACAGUUAGCUCUCAUGCCCGGUAUUUCCGACUCACAGAGGGAUCGCAUGAGAUAUAGCGCGGUGAGCAAAUAUCAGGAAGGAAUGAAAUUCGCUGCCAUCUCCCAUGUCUGGUCCGACGGUCUGAUGGGAACCUCGGAAACGGGCCUUCCAGGGUGCCAGAUUCAGCAUCUCGCUGGUCUCGCCUGUGCCUCGGCACAGAGCUCUUUGCAUUCUGAAUCCGCUCAGGUGCCAUGGUACCUCUGGAUCGAUGCGUUAUGUAUUCCAGCGGAUUCACGGUUGCGGAAAAUGGCCAUUACCAAGAUGAGACAGGUGUAUUCUGAAGCUUCGAUGACUAUCGUACUGGACAAUGGCUUGUAUAGCACUCCGGACAACCUGACUGGGUUCUCGAUUAUGUUUCGGCUUAUGACCUGUGCCUGGUCACGGCGCUUGUGGACCUUGCAAGAAGCCAUUCUAUCAAAAAGCCUGUAUAUCUUGUUUCCUGCAGGUCUCGCGGAGGUUUCAUCACUUUUUCGGGAUGUACUAGACGGAACAGACGAACCAAUUGACGAUGAAAGGCUACAUGGCCUGUCGCAAUUGACAGGGCUCUCUUUUGACGAGGUCCAGCGGUUAGAUCAGAGCUGCCGCACGCGACCCUCCAACAGCAUCGAGACACUUAUGCUGCGAGAGUUCCGGAGUCUUCCCUCCCUUACGAACGUGGAGUUUCGCAUGAAACAGGUCUCUCAGAUGCUGUGCCUACGCGAUUCCUCGAGGCCGGAAGACGAACUGCUUGCGAUUGCUCCUCUUCUCGGAGUCGACGUCUCCCAGCUUGUUCACAUGUCCGGCGAGGAUCGAGUGAAGAAUUUCUGGCUGCAACUUGGCACUGUUCCCAAGGACGUGGUUCUGCUGGAAUACCCCAAGUUGUCAACUCCUGGAUUCAGAUGUCUUCCGCGAGCCAUGCUGGGACAGAAACUCCAGGAGCCGAUGCACUGGGGCCGGGAUGUCCUGAUCACCGAUCAGGGUGUCCGCGGUAGAUAUUGGGUUUACCAGUGGUCAAAGGACUCCGGAUCGACGCAAUCUGACACUCAUGGUUCUGUUGUUGACAUGGAGGCUGAUCAAGUGAUUGAUUUCAAGGUGCAUGAUUAUGAGCCAAAUCGAGACUCCGUGUCUAUAGACGCCCUCCUUCUUCUCGAUCUACCAGCUCACUACUCAGAAGUCCGGAGCCGAUCAUUUCGGGGCCUGGGCUUGUGUUCGUCUGGUUUUUUUCACGAAGGAUGUGAAAUAUUCAGGCCGGGGAGGAUACUGUACUGCUAUGCCGCUCCGCCCUUGACCGACUGGGACGGCAAAGAUUGCGUGUUUGCCGCGGGAAAAAUCGUCGAAAUCAUCAUUGGCUGA